CACUAACAGUCGAAACUGAUUCGUAUCCUGAUCUCAAAAGAAGGCUACGAUCUCUUGGCAGCCUUCUUUCUUGUCGAUUUUCUUCUCAAAGAGAUCACCGAGAGAGGAAAACGAAUAAGACAAGAAGCUCUCUCUGAGAGCAGGAGAUAUCGAGGAGGAAGGAAUGAGAUAACCGCACAGGAACACGAGAAGAAGCCGCCGAUAUUCCUCUGACAUUCCGGACGGCGGUUUUUCGAUAAAAUCAAAAAGCCGGAUUGAACACAACGGGAGAAUCUAAGACGAGCGUAGUGUGUUUCUUUUUGGUGGUUAUGUGUUAGUGAGAACCGACGAGAAUACAAGGCAAACGUGGCAUAGAAGCAACAGUCUACUAGUCGCUAUGACCAACAGCAUGAAGCAAACGGUUAUCAAAAACCCGACAUGGUGGAAGAGGCGGUCCGGUUUGGAACGCGGGUUAACGGUGAUCGCGGUUUCCGGGUUCCUCUUAUGCAUCGCUUUAGCGGUGGCACUCGGAAUUUUGGCGAGCAACACGACAUGCAGCAGCAAGCCCGAAACCGAACCCGCUAAUGCAGAGAUGCUACCGUCCACAGCCGAGGCGUUGAGCGGCUCAAAUAUGCCAAAGGGCAUCCAGACCGUGGAGAAAAGCCCGGAAUGCAAUGAUAUCUGCAUGACACCGGGAUGCGUUUCUACAGCCUCGCAGAUAUUGAAAAACAUGAACCCCGACGUGGAACCCUGCGAUGACUUUUACAAGUUCGCCUGCGGCGGCUUUCUCGACACUACGAUCAUUCCUGACGACAAAACUAGCGUCAACACAUUCUCCAUCAUCGUCGACGACCUCGAGGAGCAACUGCGAUCUAGUAUCGAGCAGGACGAUCUUCCAAACGAGCCGAGGCCGUUUAAGCUCGCCAAAAAUUUCUACAAGGCUUGCAUGAAUAAAACCGCUAUCGAGAAGCGAGGCCUGCAACCGUUGCUGGACAAUCUGAGAAAACUCGGUGGCUGGCCGGUUCUGGAUGGCGACCGAUGGAACGAUGGCGAUUUCACGUGGAAGGACUUCGUCUACCGAUUCCGCAAACUGGGCUACUCUGUCGACUACUUCAUCGAUUUCGGUGUCGGCGUCGAUUUGAAGAACAAUUCGAGGCGUUUGAUCGAUCUCGACCAAGCAGCCCUCGGGCUCUCUCGCGAAUACCUAAUCAAGGGCUUGGACGAGAAAAUCGUCCAGGAAUAUUACAAGUACAUGGUGGACAUUGCUGUAAUCCUCGGUGCCGACCCGCAACGAGCCAAGACGGAAUUGAAGGAAUCGCUCGAAUUUGAAAUCAAGCUCGCAAACAUCUCUCUACCCAACGAGAAACGACGGAACGUGACCCUUCUGUACAAUCCCAUGACUAUAAACGAGCUGUCCCUUACUUAUCCCAGCAUACCAUGGCGGGAAUACUUCGAUACUAUUCUCGCGCCUCAAGCUCGUGUAAAUCGGGACGAGGUGAUCAUUGUGAACGUACCCAGCUAUCUGAAGAGCUUCGAGGAUCUGAUCCAGCAUACGUCGAAAAGAGUGCAAGCGAAUUACGCGUUUUGGAGGGCGGCCGCCGCAUCGGUCAGCUAUCUUACAGACGAUAUCCGGAAGAGACAACUCAUGUACACGAUACAUUUGAACGGUAAAACGGAGAGAGAGCCGAGGUGGAAAGAAUGUGUCGAUAUAGUAUCCAGCAGUAUGGCGAUCAGCGUCGGCUCGAUGUACGUGAGAAAGUACUUCAAGGAAGACGCGAAGAAAACCGCGCUCGAGAUGGUCGCCGAUAUCCGGGAGGAAUUCACAAAGAUUCUAAAGAAGGUGGAGUGGAUGGACGAGAACACGAGACUGAACGCUUUGGACAAAGCAGCCGGCAUGGUGUCACACAUCGCUUAUCCGGAUGAGCUGCUGGAUGACAAAAAGUUAGACGAGUUCUAUUCGCGACUGGAAUUGAAUUCUGACGAUUAUCUGGGAAGCAUUUUGAACCUGACGAUCUUCGGGACAGACUUUUCUUUCGGCAGACUGAGAAAACCGGUGAACAAAACCGAGUGGAUCACUCACGGAAGGCCAGCUAUUGUAAACGCUUUCUAUUCGUCGAUCGAAAAUAGUAUUCAAUUCCCCGCAGGCAUUUUGCAAGGCACAUUCUUCAGCAACAAUCGACCUCGCUACAUGAACUAUGGCGCUAUCGGUUUUGUCAUCGGUCACGAGAUUACCCAUGGUUUCGACGAUCAAGGCAGACAGUUCAACAAGGAAGGUAAUCUCGUCGAUUGGUGGGAUCCACAUACGAAGGAGCAAUACCUCAAGAGAGCCGAAUGUAUAAUCAACCAAUAUGGAAACUACACUGUGAAAGACGUUGGCAUGAACUUAAACGGAAUAAACACUCAAGGCGAAAAUAUUGCUGACAAUGGUGGCAUAAAGGAGGCCUAUCUCGCGUACAAGGAAUGGGUCAAGCGAAACGGACGGGAACAAAAACUACCGGGUCUGUCCUACAGUCCGCAGCAAAUGUUCUGGAUAAGUGCCGCCAAUACGUGGUGCAGCAAGUACCGGCCGGAAGCGAUGAAGCUGCGCAUCACAACCGGCUUCCACAGUCCUGGCGAGUUCCGCGUUCUGGGACCGCUUUCGAACAUGGAGGAGUUUGCGCGAGACUUCAAUUGUCCAGUCGGCUCUAAGAUGAAUCCCGCGAAAAAGUGUGCCGUAUGGUAGAUUUUAAAUCAGAGAGAGACGAAUCUGUUAUAUAUGUACAACCGUUGAAAAUCCUAGAAGGCGCGUUAUUAUGUCCCUUAUUUUGUUGAAGUUUAUUUCGCCAAUAUCGUUCCACGGCUUAGAAAUAAGAGUAAAGUUAUACGCGAAUGCGCAAUGUUAUCUUUCUCUUACUCCCAUAGCCGUAAAAUAUCGUCUGCUACUACAGACGUUAUCAUUCUCGAAACCAUUAUCGAAUUGUUAUUCUGUAGAAUUUUGUGUCGCGUUUUGGAGUAUUCUAGGAUUCUUCUAGGGUUCACAAACUCCUAGGGUUAACAAACGGAAAGAGGAAUCGACUAAACAGAUGCAAAAAAUUGGGGAUAACGCACUUGUUCCCAAUACACGGUACAUUGUGUUGGACGCAUCGUCGCAGCAGAAAAUAAUUUUAUCAGUGACGACGCUGCUUAGAAGUGAAAACUGACAAAUGUGCGACAGCACGAUUUUGCAACAGCACGAGAUGCAGAAAAAGAGAUGAAAAAAUUUGCUCUAUGAGGAAUCCAUAAAAAUCGAUUCGACUUGCGCUCUUAGACACGCGGAAUAUAUAUGUAUAUUAUAUAUACAAAAUGCCCCGCUCUUAUAUCGCAUUAAUUUUUAAUGACAGUUUCUUCGGCUUAUUUGGCGUAGAACUUUCCUGAGCGAAAAUAUCGAGGAACCGAUAAUCUCCGAACUAUAAACGAUUGAGAAAAAAGAUUCAAGAACAUUUUUUCAUUUCAAAUUCUUGUAUGUCCUACAUUCUUUAAUUAAUUUCUGAUCGAGAUCUGAUAGUUUGUUUUAAUAAAAUUUUAACAAAGUUUUAGAAAUUUUGUUCUAAAGAUUCGUUCUAAAGAUAAUGUAAACAUUUAAAAAAUUGCAGAAAAAACCGUUACCUACAUUUUCGCUAAAGAAAAGUUCUCUCCAACUUGUCCAACUUCAGGAAAUUCGCUAUUACAAAGUAAUGCAGUAGAAAUGAGUCAUUUUGUAUAUAUCGUUUUUGGUAAAGAACUUUUAUAAAAAGAAAUCUAUAUCACGGUGCGCGUAUGUAAAUAGAAAGAAAGUGGAAUAUAACAACAGAUUUAAAAGUUGAUUAGUUCUACUCGUAUGAAGUUUACUUCGUGUUAAAGGUCAUUUAACUUUGAUGUACUGAAGUCUUUGAUGUACUCGAAGCAUAUGAUAAUUGUUAUGCCAAUGUCGAUCUGAAAUAUUCCAACAACAGUAACAAAGUAAAUCGUAGCAUUACGCUCCAACGAAUUAUCCGACACGCUUGAUCUAGUUUUUAAUUAAAAAUCUAUAUGAUUGACACAUUACAUAAAAAAGAAAUAUCGGCAGCUUGAUCAAAAAUUCGACUUUCAUAUAAUUGACUUUAUAUUUUUUUUUCCUUUUUUUUUCAUUGAUAGCUUUGUGAAGACUCGCUUCUUAGAGUAAAUUUUUAAGUAUUCAGUUGAUGUGGAGAUGAAUAUCCAUAGGUUUAUAUACAAAGUGUCUCGUAAAAUCCGGAAUCAAUAGUACAUUUUUCAAUAAAUUUAAUAUAUUUCUUUAGUAGAAAUUAUUUCAACGGAAACUGAAACCGUUGCUUGCUUUUUGCUACUUCAUGAAGUAGCAAACACAUAGUAGUAUUAUCGAGUAGCAACUGUAAAUUCAACAAGUCACAUUAAUUUGUAUUCAGAUAAAAUUUAUUUUCUAAUUAAUUUAAAUAAAACAUCUUAUCGAAAUUGAAUUCGCUAAUAUUUGGUCGCAAUGUUAAAUAGCAUCAAAUAUUUCCUUAAUUAAUUAAACUUCUCUUUAAAUUUUCGCAAAUAGACAUUUCUAUUACUGUUACUCCUAUCUUUUACGAGCCACAUUUUGUACAAUAUAUUAUACAUGCAUUUGUACAUGUAUAAUUUAUAUGUAUAAUUUACAUGUAUAAUUUAUACGUUAUCGACAUUAUUCGAGAAUUACCGAGUCACUUGUCAAUCGUGUCGAGUGUGUUCUCGGGGACAAAUUUAUUAGUUGUAUAGUUACCGUCUUUAAGUACUUAGGACAACUUAUCACUAGUAUUAAACGUAGCUAUUUAACUACGAACGAUUGAAGAUGUGUUUGCGCAGUUGCGCUUUACAGCAUAUUUGUUGCGUCCAUAUGCACGCGUCGCGCAAUACGAUAAUUUUACUGCGUUAAGCUCGAUUGUUUGCCUUAGACGCAUUUCGCAAUUUUCAUAUUUAUUACGAUGACUAUUUAGUCAUCGAAUAUUAUAAGUUUAGACAAACAGAUAUAUAAGAGACAUGUAUCUUAUGAAGUAUUUGUUGAGUGUAAAAGUUUAAUACAAAAGAGUCUCAUGUAAAUACCAAA